GGUGUGUAGGAUGUUUAACCGGUCGUAAAUGGUGGUUCGAGAAACAAUUGACGAGGACAAAUAUCGGGUGCUGCUUGUUCAUCAUCUAAGAUUCACGGAAGGUUAUCACACGUGAUAACACUUUUAAGGUUAGAAUAUAGUAUAUUAGAAAACAAAACUCGAUAUGAAUGAAGUUCUGGAUGAAAACUUCAAAGAGUUUUAUCCUGAAUUAGAGAAACUUAUAAACAAUGCAUCAUUUAUUGCUAUCGAUACGGAAUUAACGGGUAUAAGCACGGAUAAUGAUGUGAAAUAUAGUCUUUUUGAUUCUUUGGACGUGCGCUACAAGAAAUUGAAGAACACCAUUGAAAACUUUUCAAUAAUUCAAUUUGGCAUCUCAGUGUUUCAUCAUGUCCCUGACAUGAAUUUUUAUGAUGCACAGUGUUUCAAUUUUUAUUUACUACCACGAGCUUUGCCACUCACAAACAACCAAAUCACCUGGCAAGUGGGUGCAUUAGAGUUCUUGUCCAAGCACAAUUUUGAUUUUAAUAAGCUUGUCAAUCAUGCUAUUCCAUAUCUCAAUGAGUUGGAUGAAAAGAAUUUCAAACAAUACAUAGAAAAGAGUAGUUUCUUAGAUAAAUUGAAGCAUUUGUCGUAUGAAGAUGAAACUAAUUUCAAUGAAUCUAUCAGUAAAACUAUAGACUGGAUUUUUAAUGAUGUACAUCAAACUUCCUUUGAAUUGGAAGUUGAGGAUCCUAUUGUACAGUAUUUAAUCCGAAAAAGAUUAAAGGAUUAUAAUAACAUUCAAACAACAUCUGGGUAUAAAAGAAUAAUUGUUGAAAGGAUAUCAUCAAAAAACACACGUGAUGUUUCAGAAAAGGAAGAUAGUAACUGCUUGGAGCAAACACUGUUAGAUUCAUAUGUAGGCUUUUCUAAAGUGUUCAAACUAUUGUGUUCCUCAAAGAAACCAAUAAUUGGUCAUAAUGUACUUUUUGAUUUAAUGUUCACCUAUCAACAGUUCUACAAACCAUUGCCAGACUCUUAUACUGAAUUCAAAAGUAACGUACAUUCGUUAUUUCCACAAAUAUAUGACACAAAGUUCAUAAGUACUGAAUUGCGAAGACUGUAUAUAAAAGAAGUCAACUGGAAACAGAGUUCGUUAGAUGCUGUAUACGAGUUUUUUACCUUAAAACAGGGAAAGUAUCUAGCGUUAAACUCACCAACUGUGAAUUUAAGGCUUAAAUCUUUAGACGAAAAAAAUUAUCACCAUGCAGGAUGGGAUGCUUACUUCGCUGGUUACAUAUUUAUAAAAUUGGGCCACGUGUUUGGUGUGAAAAUAUAUGGAAGCGGUUUAGAAGAAAGACCGAUAACGCAUUCGGAGUUGAUGAGCAGCGUGAAGAAUUAUGUAAAUUCCGUAAACGUGUCGAGAAGCAAUGAAAUGUGUAUGAAACUGGACGGAGAAGAUCCACUGUACUCGAAACCAGAGUGGCUUCACGUGAAAUUAAAAUCAGCAUCGAUCGAUACGAAACAGCUGGUCGAGAGACUCUCAUCGUUUGGCCAAGUGGACAUAAUGCCAUUCGCACGGAAACGUGUUCUGGUAGCUGUAUCGAAUCAGAAGAGCGCGAUGCACAUACUUCAACACUUUCAGAGCAGCAAGGAAUUCCAAGUAGCACGCUACAAUCGUAUUAAGCACGCAGCUCCUAGCACAAUCUGCUUCUGGAGCGGGGUCAUCUUGUCCGGGGGUUUGUUUGCCUGGAUCAUCAAACAGACGCUUCUACGUUCAACGUGAUUUAAAAAAUUUUCAGAAAUCGUGUCUCGU